CGCCCCAGCGGUAGUUUGGGCACCGCGAAGAAGGCAAAAGUGCCGGCGGGCUGCCGUGGACUUCCCGCCCUCACCGCGCGAGGCCCGGCCGGCACCUCGGCCGUGGGUUUCGCUGCGAUCCCCCCGGCAGCUCUUUGCAAAGCUGCUUGAAACUUCUCCCAAAGUCGACAUGGAUACGGCGGCGGCGGCGCUGCCUGUUUUUGUGCCGCUCUUGCUCCUCUCCCCUUGGUCUCCCCUGGGGUCGGCCCAAGGCCAGUUCUCCGCAGGUGGCUGUACUUUUGAUGAUGGUCCAGGGGCCUGUGAUUACCACCAGGAUCUAUAUGAUGACUUCGAAUGGGUACAUGUUAGUGCCCAAGAACCUCAUUAUCUGCCACCUGAGAUGCCUCAAGGUUCCUAUAUGAUAGUGGACUCUUCAGAUCAUGACCCUGGAGAAAAAGCCCGACUUCAGCUGCCUACAAUGAAGGAGAACGACACUCACUGUAUUGAUUUCAGUUACCUGUUAUAUAGCCAGAAGGGGUUGAAUCCUGGCACUUUGAACAUAUUAGUUAGGGUGAAUAAAGGACCUCUUGCCAAUCCAAUUUGGAAUGUGACUGGAUUCACGGGUAGAGAUUGGCUUCGGGCUGAGCUAGCAGUGAGCACCUUUUGGCCCAAUGAAUAUCAGGUAAUAUUUGAAGCUGAAGUCUCAGGAGGAAGGAGUGGUUAUAUUGCCAUUGAUGACAUCCAAGUACUGAGUUAUCCUUGUGAUAAAUCUCCUCAUUUCCUCCGUCUGGGGGACGUGGAGGUCAAUGCAGGGCAGAACGCUACAUUUCAGUGUAUUGCUACAGGGAGAGAUGCUGUGCAUAACAAGUUAUGGCUGCAGAGACGAAACGGAGAAGAUAUACCAGUGGCCCAGACCAAGAACAUCAAUCACAGAAGAUUUGCUGCUUCCUUUAGAUUGCAGGAAGUGACCAAAACUGACCAGGAUUUGUAUCGCUGUGUAACUCAGUCAGAACGAGGCUCCGGUGUGUCCAAUUUUGCUCAACUUAUCGUAAGAGAACCACCAAGACCCAUUGCUCCACCCCAGCUGCUCGGUGUUGGGCCUACAUACUUGCUGAUUCAGCUGAAUGCCAACUCCAUCAUUGGGGAUGGUCCCAUUAUCCUGAAAGAAGUGGAGUACCGAAUGACAUCAGGAUCCUGGACAGAGACGCAUGCCGUCAAUGCUCCAACUUACAAAUUAUGGCAUUUGGAUCCAGAUACUGAAUAUGAGAUCCGUGUUCUGCUUACAAGACCUGGUGAAGGUGGAACGGGGCUCCCAGGACCUCCUCUAAUCACGAGAACCAAAUGUGCAGAACCUAUGCGAACCCCAAAGACUUUAAAGAUUGCUGAGAUACAGGCAAGACGCAUUGCUGUGGACUGGGAAUCCUUGGGCUAUAACAUUACUCGGUGCCACACUUUUAAUGUCACUAUCUGCUACCAUUACUUCCGUGGUCACAAUGAGAGCAAGGCAGACUGUUUGGACAUGGACCCCAAAGCCCCUCAGCAUGUUGUGAACCAUCUGCCACCUUAUACAAAUGUCAGCCUCAAGAUGAUCCUAACCAAUCCAGAAGGCAGGAAAGAGAGUGAAGAGACGAUUAUUCAAACUGAUGAAGAUGUGCCUGGCCCUGUACCAGUCAAUUCUCUUCAAGGAACAUCUUUUGAAAAUAAAAUCUUCUUGAACUGGAAAGAACCUUUGGAUCCAAAUGGAAUCAUCACUCAAUAUGAGGUCAGCUACAGCAGCAUAAGAUCAUUUGAUCCUGCAGUUCCAGUGGCUGGACCUCCCCAGACUGUAUCAAAUUUAUGGAACAGCACCCACCAUGUCUUCAUGCAUCUGCAUCCUGGAACCACCUACCAGUUUUUCAUAAGAGCCAGCACAGUCAAAGGCUUUGGGCCAGCCACAGCCAUCAAUGUGACCACCAAUAUCUCAGCUCCAACUUUACCGGACUAUGAAGGAGUCGAUGCCUCUCUCAAUGAAACGGCCACCACAAUAACUGUAUUGUUGAGACCAGCACAGGCCAAAGGGGCACCAAUCAGUGCCUAUCAGAUUGUUGUGGAGGAGUUGCACCCACACCGAACCAAGAGAGAAGCUGGAGCCAUGGAAUGCUACCAGGUUCCCGUUACAUACCAAAAUGCCCUGAGUGGGGGUUCUCCAUACUACUUCGCUGCGGAACUACCCCCAGGGAAUCUUCCUGAACCUGCCCCAUUCACAGUGGGCGACAACAGGACCUAUCAGGGCUUUUGGAACCCUCCUUUGGCUCCACGCAAAGGAUACAACAUCUACUUCCAGGCAAUGAGCAGUGUGGAGAAGGAAACUAAAACCCAGUGUGUACGAAUCGCUACAAAAGCAGCAGCAACAGAAGAACCAGAAGUGAUUCCAGACCCAGCCAAGCAGACAGACAGAGUGGUGAAAAUAGCAGGAAUUAGUGCUGGAAUUCUGGUGUUCAUCCUCCUCCUCCUAGUUGUCAUACUCAUUGUAAAAAAAAGAUAUAUAUGUUGGAGAAGACACAGCUGCAUUAGAAACAUUAGGAGGAGCUACUAUUCUUACUCCUACUACCUCAAGCUUGCUAAAAAACGCAAAGAUGUUAUGGGCAACACCCGACAGGAGAUGACUCACAUGGUGAACGCCAUGGACCGAAGUUACGCUGAUCAGAGCACCCUGCAUGCAGAAGACCCGCUUUCCAUCACGUUCAUGGACCAGCAUAAUUUCAGUCCAAGAUUGCCCAAUGAUCCACUUGUGCCGACUGCUGUGUUAGUCCCUAUAACCGAUGAGAACCACAGUGCUACAGCUGAGUCCAGUCGUCUUCUAGAUGUACCUCGCUACCUCUGUGAGGGGACAGAAUCCCCUUACCAGACGGGUCAGCUGCACCCAGCCAUCAGGGUUGCCGACUUAUUGCAGCACAUUAAUCUCAUGAAGACAUCAGACAGCUAUGGGUUCAAAGAGGAAUACGAGAGCUUCUUUGAAGGACAGUCAGCAUCUUGGGAUGUAGCUAAAAAAGAUCAAAAUAGAGCAAAAAAUCGAUAUGGAAACAUUAUAGCAUAUGACCACUCCAGAGUAAUUCUGCAACCUGUUGAAGAUGAUCCUUCUUCAGAUUACAUUAAUGCCAACUACAUAGAUAUUUGGCUGUACAGGGAUGGCUACCAGAGACCAAGCCACUACAUUGCAACUCAAGGCCCAGUUCAUGAAACAGUAUAUGAUUUCUGGAGAAUGAUCUGGCAAGAACAGUCUGCCUGCAUUGUGAUGGUUACAAAUUUAGUUGAGGUUGGCCGGGUUAAGUGCUAUAAGUAUUGGCCUGAUGAUACUGAAGUUUAUGGUGACUUCAAAGUCACUUGUGUGGAAAUGGAACCACUUGCUGAAUAUGUAGUUAGGACAUUCACUCUGGAAAGGAGGGGGUACAAUGAGAUCCGUGAAGUUAAGCAGUUCCACUUCACCGGCUGGCCUGACCACGGAGUGCCGUACCAUGCCACAGGGCUCCUCUCCUUCAUCCGGCGAGUGAAGUUCUCCAACCCUCCCAGCGCGGGCCCCAUCGUCGUGCAUUGCAGUGCUGGUGCUGGACGAACUGGCUGUUACAUUGUGAUCGACAUCAUGCUGGACAUGGCUGAAAGAGAGGGUGUUGUGGACAUCUACAACUGUGUCAAAGCCUUAAGAUCUCGUCGUAUCAAUAUGGUCCAGACAGAGGAACAGUACAUUUUUAUUCAUGAUGCCAUUUUAGAAGCCUGUUUAUGUGGAGAAACUGCCAUACCUGUCUGUGAAUUUAAAGCUGCAUAUUUUGAUAUGAUUAGAAUAGACUCUCAGACUAACUCUUCACAUCUCAAAGAUGAAUUCCAGACCUUGAAUUCAGUCACCCCUCGACUGCAAGCUGAAGACUGCAGUAUAGCGUGUCUGCCCAGGAACCAUGACAAGAACCGUUUUAUGGACAUGCUGCCACCUGACAGAUGUCUGCCUUUUUUAAUUACAAUUGAUGGAGAGAGUAGUAACUACAUCAAUGCUGCUCUUAUGGACAGCUACAGGCAACCAGCUGCUUUCAUCGUCACACAAUACCCUCUGCCAAACACUGUGAAAGACUUCUGGAGAUUAGUGUAUGAUUAUGGCUGUACCUCCAUUGUGAUGUUAAAUGAAGUCGACUUGUCCCAGGGCUGCCCUCAGUACUGGCCAGAAGAAGGGAUGUUACGAUAUGGCCCUAUCCAAGUGGAAUGUAUGUCUUGUUCGAUGGAUUGUGAUGUGAUAAACCGGAUUUUUAGGAUAUGCAAUCUAACAAGACCACAAGAAGGCUAUCUGAUGGUACAACAGUUUCAGUAUCUAGGGUGGGCCUCUCACCGAGAAGUGCCUGGCUCCAAACGGUCAUUUUUGAAACUGAUACUGCAGGUGGAAAAAUGGCAGGAGGAAUGUGAGGAAGGGGAAGGCCGGACCAUCAUCCACUGCCUAAAUGGUGGUGGGCGAAGCGGUAUGUUCUGUGCCAUAGGCAUUGUUGUUGAAAUGGUGAAGCGGCAAAAUGUCGUCGACGUGUUCCACGCAGUCAAGACACUGAGGAACAGCAAGCCAAACAUGGUGGAAGCCCCGGAGCAGUACCGUUUCUGCUAUGAUGUAGCCCUGGAGUACCUGGAAUCUUCUUAGUCGGGUGAGACUUCGGAGCACAGCCACGCAGAAACCUGUUCAUCUGUUGAGCCAGCAGCUGUUGUACCUGUUACACCUGUGCAGAAAGAUUUUAAUGUGGGGGGUGGGAGGCUUUUACAUUCAAGAAGUAAAAGUAUUUUUCUUAUGAAGUUGUGUAUCUUAAUAAAAAGAACUCAACUAGUUUCUAUUACCGUAUGAAAGCAUCGACAUUUCGUGCCGCAUAAAUUAUAUUUAAUAAGAACCAGAUUCAAAUGAGAACUUCUCAGCGUUUGUACAGUGAAUACGCAGCUUUUUCUCCCCUGGUUUUGGUAGAGCAGCCACCAUGUGUUGCAUGAAUUAAUACUUUCUAUGUGGCAUUUUUUUCUCCCUUUUUUAGAUAAAAGAUGUUAAAUCUUUAAGGAAGAAGUAAGAAAAGCUGUGCAAAUUCAUAGUAAAGUUCAUUUUUUAUAUGUUUCAAGUGUAGCAGAUCUCUAUAUAAAUAUAUAAAUAUAUAUAACUGGCUUAUUUUCUUUUAAUGUGCAAUGAUGGCUAGAUCAUUUAAAGUUCUUUUUAGAAAAAACAUAAGCCAAAGACUCAAGUGUAAAUAUGUCUAUACGGAGAAAGCACAUUAUAUUUAUUGGUUACUUACAUUCCUUUUUUGAUGGCUAAAAUACUACCACCACACAAUCAUUUUUUUUUCUGAAGAAAACUUUUUCUUUCACUAAAAUCAAUUGUAAACGAUUUUUGUAGAUUAUUUUUUGUAUGUUUUAGUGUAAGUAGAGGAUAAACUUUUUAUUCAUAAACCAGGAAGCAAUGUUCUUUAUAGUGAUUCUCUUGUGUACAUGCUUGUGAAUUAAAUUUAUGUAAAACACCUUGGCAAUUGGGUCUUUUAAUAUAGGACCAAAUUAAAACAUUUUGCUGAAAAUGUAUAAUUUUCCACAAUUUCAUUAGGUAAAUAAUGGUUUGGUGAUCAUACAUGAGAACUGCACACAUUCAAAGGCCUUGCUGAUCACUUGUGCAAUGUUGAACACAGCCUUUAAGCAUCGUUUAAAUUUUAAAGGAAUUGAUUUUUCUCAGCCUGUGACCAAGCACUGGUCAAGAAAACAAAAUGGCAACAUUUAUGCUUUCAGAGUCACGUUUUAGCAAACUGUAAACCAUCAACACUAUAAAGUGUUUCUUUUGAUGUUUACAUGCACAAGCUUUGGAUUCGGACCAUAGAGAGUGUGAACAAAUCAAUGCCAGAUUCCUGUUUGUGCAUGGCCAUGGGAUUUGCAAGUGAACCUUUCCAAAUGUGGUCUUGUUCAUAUGCUCCAUGUAGCUGUAACUUCACACCAUCAGCUUGCAGUUUGUUAUUGACUGAAGCAUUCCAGUAUCCUCCUUCUAGAUUGCCAGUACAUGACAUGGUGCUUAUCAAGAUUUAACUAAAGUAAGAGUGAAAUAAAGUUUUUAUAAUUACAACAAUUGUUUGCACAUCAUUUUCUCUUAAUCUUCAUGUCUUCACUCCCCCCAAAAUUGUCUCUUCUCACUGAUACUAGUAGACCACUAAAAUUCUAUUAGAAGUAAAAUGAAUGUCCAAGCACUAAUAUCUUUCUUUUUUAAUUGAAUGUCAGCCAGUCCAGAUGAGUGGAAGGGAUAAAGGCCAGAAGAUUGACAUACUUUUUUAAAAAUUUCUAUAUAUGUAUGUCACUAUCUUUUUAUGUGAUAGACAUUUUCAUACUUCUUCCUUAUAGCAAACUUGACAAAUAAGUAUCCCUGUUUUGUGGAUGUUGUAAUUGAAGAUAAUGAGAAAGUAAACGAUUUGUCAACAGA